UUUUCCACGCUCUGGCCUGAAGCCGCCGGUCACUCCCGGCUUCUGCUGCUGCGUCCGCCGUCGUCGCUGCCACCGCGGGGCUCCGGGAGGAGACGCAGCCGGAGCGGACGGAGAAGAAGGAGGAGGGGAGCGGAGGAGCAGGGGGUGAAGGAUGGAGCCCCCGGCUGCCGCGGCGGGCUCGCCCGAGCCUGCGGCGGCGUCCUCUUCCUUCCAGGCCCGGCUCUGGAAGAACCUGCAGCUAGGGGUGGGCAAGAGCAAGGGCGGCUGGGGCGGGCGCGCGGGGGUACCCGAGCGCCGCACUGCGGACACCCCGUCGCCCUCCCCGCCACCCCCGGGGGGUAGGCGGGACGCACUGGCCGGCUUGGGUGGCGCGGGCAGCAGGUGGAGCGGCUUCAAGAAACGGAAGCAUGUGCUGGACCGCGUCUUUUCCUCCUCCCAGCCCAACCUGUGCUGCUCCUCGCCGGAGCCUCUCGAGCCCGAGGGUGCGAGCAGAGCGGAGCAGGGGUCAACGCUGCGCCGCCGGAUCCGCGAGCAUUUGCUUCCCGCGGGCAGGGGCCCGGUGGCAGCCGCCGGAGCAGCCGGAGUGACGCCUCCUGGCGGACGCUCUCCGGACUCAGCUUGCUCUUCGUCCUCUGCCUCAUCCUCCCUGUCCUCCUCACCCCAGCCGCCCCCGAGGGGGGACCGCGCCCGAGAUGAGGGUGCACGGCGUCGGGGCACCGCGGCGCACUUGUGCCAUCAGAAGAGUUCCUCCCUGCCGGGCACCGCCUGCUUGGAGCAGCUGCUGGAGCCGCCGCCGCCGCCUCGAGCUGAGCCAGCACGGAGCCGAGCAGAGCCGCGAACCACGAAGGGCGAGGCGCGCGGCAGCAGACGGAAAAUAAAUACUGCUGGAACCAGUAAUACAGAUGUCCCCUUGGCUGUUCCCGGAAUGUACCAAUUGGACAUUACAUUAAGAAGGGGUCAGAGUUUAGCUGCCCGAGAUCGAGGAGGGACAAGUGAUCCAUACGUGAAGUUUAAAAUUGGAGGAAAAGAAGUUUUUAGAAGUAAAAUAAUACACAAGAGCCUCAAUCCUGUGUGGGAGGAGAAAGCUUGCCUUCUUGUUGAACAUCUUAAGGAACCAUUGUACAUAAAGGUAUUUGACUAUGACUUUGGACUACAGGAUGACUUUAUGGGCUCAGCCUUUCUGGAUCUCACACAAUUGGAGUUAAACAGGCCCACGGAUGUGACCGUCACACUGAAAGAUCCCCGCUAUCCUGACCAUGAUCUUGGAAUCAUUUUGCUCUCAGUCGUCCUUACCCCUAAGGAAGGAGAACACAGGGAUGUGCAGAGUUCAAUCCACAGCUUUCUUCAUUGGAGGAUUUAUGAAAUAAAAACAAUGCUAAUGAGGAAGAGUUGGAAAAGAUCAAGUAAGGAACUCUCAGAAAACGAAGUGGUUGGAUCUUAUUUCUCUGUGAAGUCUUUCUUUUGGAGGUUUCAGACCCAAAGUUUACGUCUGUCAGACGUACACAGAAAACCACAUCUUUGGAGAGGUAUAGUCAGCAUCACAUUGAUUGAGGGGCGAGACCUCAAGGCGAUGGAUUCAAAUGGGUUGAGUGACCCCUAUGUGAAGUUCCGGCUUGGACAUCAGAAGUACAAGAGCAAGAUUAUGCCAAAAACUUUGAAUCCUCAGUGGAGAGAACAAUUUGAUUUUCAUCUCUAUGAAAAAAGAGGCGGAAUCAUUGAUAUCACUGCAUGGGACAGAGACGCUGGGAAAAGGGAUGACUUUAUUGGCAGGUGCCAGAUCGACCUGUCAGCUCUCAGUAGGGAACAGACACACAAGCUAGUGUUGCAGCUGGAGGAAGGGGAGGGGCACCUGGUGUUGCUGGUCACCCUGACGGCUUCGGCCACAGUCAGCAUCUCUGACCUCUCCAUCAACUCCCUGGAGGACCCGAAAGAACGCGAGGAAAUAUUAAAGAGAUAUAGCCCAUUGCGGAUAUUUCACAACCUGAAAGAUGUGGGAUUCCUCCAGGUGAAAGUGAUCAGAGCAGAAGGGUUAAUGGCCGCUGAUGUCACAGGUAAAAGUGACCCGUUUUGUGUGGUUGAACUGAACAAUGAUAGGCUGCUAACACACACUGUCUACAAAAAUCUCAAUCCUGAGUGGAACAAAGUCUUCACAUUCAACAUUAAAGAUAUCCAUUCAGUUCUUGAAGUGACAGUUUAUGAUGAAGAUCGGGAUCGAAGUGCUGACUUUCUGGGCAAAGUUGCUAUACCAUUGCUGUCCAUUCAAAAUGGUGAACAGAAAGCCUACGUCUUGAAAAACAAGCAGCUGACAGGGCCAACAAAGGGGGUCAUCUAUCUUGAAAUAGAUGUGAUUUUUAAUGCUGUGAAAGCCAGCUUACGAACAUUAAUACCCAAAGAACAGAAGUACAUUGAAGAGGAAAACAGACUCUCUAAACAGCUGCUACUAAGAAACUUUAUCAGAAUGAAGCGUUGUGUCAUGGUGCUCGUAAAUGCUGCAUACUACAUUAAUAGUUGCUUUGACUGGGAUUCACCCGCAAGGAGCCUCGCUGCUUUUGUGCUCUUUCUCUUUGUUGUCUGGAACUUUGAGCUCUACAUGAUACCAAUGGUUUUGUUGUUACUAUUGACAUGGAACUACUUCUUGAUAAUAUCAGGGAAAGAUAACAGGCAACGAGAUACAGUAGUGGAGGACAUGCUAGAGGACGAGGAAGAAGAAGAUGACAAAGAUGACAAGCCAUUAUGUCAAGCUUACUGUGUUUCAAGAUAAGUAGCUACAAUGAAUGAAAUAUAUCUCAGUUACGUCAGAACACAGAUUAUUUGCCUUACUUCUCAAGAUCUGUAUUUUCUGGUUUGAUCCUCCAGCCCUAAACAUGUAUAUAAUAUACCCAAGAUGCAUACAUCUCUGCAUCUCAAAUUAACUGUGAGGGGGGGAAGAAAGAGAUAACUCUAAUAAGUAAGUGGUAUGAGAGGAGCUUUUAAUCUGACAAAACAGUAUUUUCUAGUUAUAGUCAAUGAAAUAACUACAUGGUGGGGAAAUGGAUUAAAGCUUUGGAGAAAGGCAGGAAAGGAGGAGACAAAAAAAAAUCCUAACUUAUCUUUAAGUGGAAUACCAUUGUAUUAGCUUAUUAGUAUUUUAUUUUUUGUUUAUUAUUUUAUUAUUAUUUAUUUUAUUUUAAAAUUUUGUGGUUAGUAUUUAUUAGUAGUAUUAUUGGUGUUAUUGCUGCAUAACAAAUUAUCACAAACUUAGAGGCUUUUUUAAUUUUAAAAUAUUUAUUUGCUAGGACUAGUAAUAGUUCAUUAUAAAAUAUUAAAAUAGGAUUUCUUUUUUUCAUAUUUUAAUUUUAUUGGAGUAUAGUUGAUUUACAAUGUUGUGUUAGUUUCAGGUGGACAGCAAAGUGAUUCAGUUAUACAUAUACAUAUAGUCAUUCUUUUUUAGAUUCUUUUCUCAUAUAGGUUAUCACAGAAUAUUGAGUAGACUUCCCUGUGCUAUACAGUAGGUCCUUGUUGGUUAAAUCUACCUUAUAUAUAGUAGUGUGUGUAUGUUCAUCCCAAGCUCCUGAUUUAUCCCUCCCCCCCCCUCGUUUCCCCUUUGGUAACUGUAAGUUUGCUUUUGGUAUCUGUAAAUCUAUUUCUGUUGUGUAAAUAUGUUCAUUUGUAUCUUUUUAAAUUAGAUUCCACAUAUGAGUGAUAUCAUAUGCUAUUUCUCUUUCUCUGUCUGACUUUCUUCACUUAGUAUGAUAAUGUCUAGUUCCAUCCAUGUUGCUGCAAAUAGCAUUAUUUCAUUCUUUUUUAUGGCUGAGUAAUAAUAUUCCAUCGUAUAUAUGUACCACAUCUUCUUUAUCCAUUCCUCUGUUGAUGGACAUUUAGGUUGCUUCCAUGUCUUGGCUAUUGUAAAUAGCGCUGCAGUGAGCAUUGGCGUGCGUGUAUCCUUUCGGAUUGUGGUUUUGUCUGGAUAUAUGCCCAGGAGUUGGAUUGCCGGAUCAUAUCGUAGCUCUAUUUUAAGUUUUUUAAGGAACCUCCAUAGUGUUCUCCAUAGUGGCUGCACCAGUUUACAUUCCCACCAACAGUGUAGGAGGGUUCCCUUUUCUCCACACCCGCUCCAGCAUUUGUUAUUUGUAGACUUUUUGAUGAUGGUCAUUCUGACUGGUAUGAGGUGAUACUUCAUUGUAGUUUCGACUUGCGUUUCUCUAAUAAUUAGUGAUGUUGAGCAUCUUUUCAUGUGUUUUUUGGCCAUCUGUAUCUCUUCUUUGGAAAAAUGUCUAUUUAGAUCUUCUGCCCAGUUUUUGAUUGGAUUGUUUGUUUUUUUGACAUAGAGCUGCAUGAGCUGCUUGUAUGUUUUGGAAAUUAAUCCCUUGUCAGUUGCUUCAUUUGCAAAUAUUUUCUCCCAUUUUGUAGGUUGUCUUUUCAGUUUGUUGAUGGUUUCCUUUGCUCUGCAGAAGCUUUUAAGUUUAAUUAGGUCCCAUUUGUUUAUUUAUGUUUUCAUUUUCAUUAUUCUAGGAGGUGGAUCAAAAAAGAUAUUAUAGUGAUUUAUGUCAAAGAGUGUUCUGCCUAUAUUUUCCUCUAAGAGUUUUAUAGUGGCUGACCUUACAUUUAGGUCUUUGAUCCACUUCGAGUUUAUUUUUGCAUAUGGUGUUUGGGAGUAUUCUCAUUUCAUGCUUUUACAUGUAGCUGUCCAGUUUUUCCUGUACCACUCAUUGAAUAGACUGUCUUUUCUUCAUUGUAUAUUCUUGUCUCCCUUGUCGUAGAAUAAUUGACCAUAGUGUGUGAGUUUAUUUCUGGUUUAAAACCAUACGCAUUUAUUAGCUCUCAGUUCAGUAGAUCAGAAGUCCAGGUGUGGCUCAACUGGGUUCUCUGCUCAGUCUCACACUCAGGUAUCAGUCAAGCUGAGUUCCUGUCUAGAGGCUCUGCAGAAAAAUCCACUUUCAAGCUCAUUUAGUUUGUUGGUAGAAUGAAGUUCCUUGUAGUUGAAGGACUGAAGCCCUUGCUUUCUUGUUGGCUUUCUGCUCUUCGUCUCCACUUUCCAUGGCCCCAUCCAUCUUUAUAUCCAUCAGUGGAGAAUCACCCCUGUCUCAAAUCUCUUUCAUACUUCAAAUCUGUUUCUUCAGGAAGAACCCCGUUGUUUUAAGGGCUCGCCUGAUUAGGUCAGGCCCACCAAAGAUAAUCUCCCUUUUUAAAGUGAACUGUGCCGUGUAACAUAACCUAAUCAUAGGAAUAACUAUCCCAUCAUAUUCCAAAAUCCCCCUCACACACAAAGGCAGGGGAUUAUUCAGGCCAUAUACACCAAGAGGUAGGAAUCUUGGCAGCCAUCUUAGAAUUCUGCCUGAUACAACCAUCUAGUCCCACCCGUGCUCUAGAACAAAAAUGGAACAGUCUUUCCAUUUCUUGUUUUGCUAGACCCUGAUAUAACUAUCCUAAAGUAGAGAAAUUAGAAAAGCCUGCCUGCCUAGACACGUCCUUUCAAACAUUAUAGGAAACAUCUCAUACCAGAGGUAUAAACUGAGAUAUAUUUUAUAGUCAUAGUACAAUAUGUUCCACUUGCUUAUUAUCUAAUUCACCUCUGCAGUGAGGGCAGUUGGGCAUGCAGAAAGCCCGACGGGCUCUUUACCCUUGUUGCUUCCUUCUGGGGAGAAGAGCAAAUAAGAAUAAAAUUGGCAAAAAGUGGGAAAGGGUCCAUUCCUCCUAUUGGGAACCUGUUGAUGCCUGGGCCCACUGAGCAGACAGCCUACUGACCUCAAGUCAGUAGAAACAAUCUCUACUACAUCUAGAAUCAUAGCAAAAUUAAAACUGGUGGAUACCCAGGACGGGCAAAAGAAGGCUGCCUUGCUGCCCCAUGGCCUUCCGUCUCCUGGAAGGCAGGAGGCCUUCUGCCUGCACACACGCAGCUGACUCCCCCCUUUGGCCUCUCAGGAGCUGCCUGUGCACAGCCCUUGGGCCAGAGCCCAUCCAGCACACAUGGCUGGCCCCUGGAGCCAGGCUCCGUAACACUGUGACCCUGACUGGGGCAUCAGGGGAUGUGUCCACAAUGACUGAGGUUUGCUUGAUAGGUGGCAUGGACCAGAGUCCUUAGCAGGAGUCUAGGAUUAGGGGCCUCUGGCACCAGGGGCACCAGGUGUUUCUCAUCCCAGGACCCCCUUAUGGGCCAGUGGAACUUCUGCAAUUCCAUGAUUCCUUUCUUUGAGCCCCUGACACUCAGCAGAUGCCAGUCCAUCCUCUCCCUGCCCCUUCUAGACCUCAUUUUAAAAUGAGGAAACCAUAGUUCAUACAACUUAAGUGAAUUGCUAGAGGUGAUAUAGACAAUAAGUGGCAGAGCCAGGGCUAAAACUCAGGUUUCCGAGUAUAGAAUCUUUAUACUUCCUUAAGGUUUUCCACUAAAAAAAAAAAAAAAAAAGUAGAUGCAAAUUAUCUCAGGGAUGAUCUUUAGUAGCACAAUCAGAGAACAUACUAUCCAACCCAGCUAGGGGCUGUUUACAUCUAGGUUUCCACUUCUUCUCACUGUUCUCUUAUGCUUUCAGCUCUUUCCCAUCAUCCCAGCUAAGGAGCUAUGUGGUAGGCAGAAUAAUAGCCCCUCAGAGAGGUCCUGUCCUAAUCCCUAGAACCUGAGAAUAUGUUACACUACAUGGCAAAGAGGCAUUAGGUAGCAGAUGGGGUGAAGGUUGCUAAACAGCUCAUUUUACAAUAGGGAGAUUAUCCUGGAUUAUCUGAGUGGGCCCAAUAUUACAAGUGUCCUUAAAAAGUGGAAGAGACCGGGCUUCCCUGGUGGUGCAGUGGUUGAGAGUCCGCCUGCCGAUGCAGGGGACACGGGUUCGUGCCCUGGUCCGGGAAGAUCCCACAUGCCGCGGAACGGCUGGGCCCGUGAGCCAUGGCCGCUGAGCCUGCGCGUCUGGAGCCUGUGCUCCACAACGGGAGAGGCCACAACAGUGAGAGGCCCGCGUACUGCAUAAAAAAAAAAAAAAAAAAAAAAAGUGGAAGAGACCAUCAGAGUGUGCAGCAAUGGCCAAAACAAAUGCUCAGAACCUUCCCAGCAAGAAAGAAGAGCUGCUGAAACAUCUGGACCACCUGAAGGUGGAGCUCUCCCAGGUGCACAUCGCCAAAGUGACAGGUGGCAUAUGGUCCAAGCUCCCGGAGACCUGAGCUGUCUGCCAGUCUGUCACCCUUGUUCUCACCAUCAUUAACCAGAUUCAGAAGGAGAACCUCAGAAAGUUCAUAAGCCCCAGGAUCUGCUGCCCAAAAAAGCAUGUGCCCUGCACCGCAGGCUCAACAAGUACAAGUACAAGGAGAACCUGGAGAUCAAGAAACAGCAGCUGAAGGAGCAGCCAUAGAGGACCCACCGUGGGAACCCACAGUCAGGGCCAGAGCAUUGGCAUUAAUAAAACACACACUGACUGGGGGCAGAGCAGGGAGGUGAGCAGCUGUACUGGCUUUGAAGGAAGAGGAAAGGGGCCAUAAGCCAAGGAACGUGGGCAGCCUCUAGAAACUGGAAAGGCCCCUAGAGUCUCCAGAAAGAAAUGCAGUCUUGUCCACAUCUUGACUUUAGGCCAGUGAGAUCCAUUCUCAACUCCUGAACUGCCAAAUUGUAAGAUAAUAAGUUUGUGUUGUUUAAGCCUAGGUUUAUGAUAAUUUGUUAUAGCAGCAAUAGGAACUAAUACAGGCACCUUCCAACUGCAUUUUCUAUACUUCUCAGAAAAAAUGCUGCAUUUUAAAGCACUAGAUCUGAGUUCCUAAUUUUUCCUUAUUAUCUUAGUUAUACUCUUCUGCAAAAAUAUGGCUCUACAGUUCUUCAUUUAAUAUGGAAACUAAAAACAGAAUCUAACAAAACAAAUAUUUUUUUCCAAAUUGCCUUAGUUUUUAUUUCAGAAAAGUUUGUCCAAAAGGAGAGUGGGUUAGAGCCCAUCUCUAGUGCAGUUGAUUACUUUCCUAUUGAGGAACCUCUAUUAUUCAUUGGUGAGUGGAGCACCAAGGCAUGGUUAACUUCAGUUUUCAACAGAAGUUCACUUCCUCACAACUUUCAUUCCAUUCCUUAAAAUGUUUCACUCUGCAAAGAACCAGGGCAGACGGUACUAGCCUUAUUUGGGUCACAGACCUUUUCAGAAUCUAAAGGCAGCUGUAGACAUUCUCCCCAGAAGAAAACAUAUAAACACAUAUACAAAUAACUUUUUUGUACCUUUUUUUUGCAAUGGAAAUUGAAUUAUUUUACAGAGACUAUAACGUAUCUUCCUAAAGUCUUAUCUCUGUUGUUCUCACCACAUUUUUCUUGACAUUAAUGCCUAUUUUCCUCAAACACCUGAGAUAAAUGCAAAUUUUUCAAGUAAAAAUAAAGUUGAAUUCAGCUCAAAAGUAAGCUUCUACAAGAAGGCUGAUGUUUGGCUUUGAUAUUAAAAUUACGGAGUGGUUUUUUUGACACAGCAAUAGACUUAUUAUUUUUGACAUCUGUUUGACUAUGACUUUUCAGUAUCACAGCAAUAAGUGCUUAAAAUACUGAUUUGGCAAAAGAAAACAGUAACAAACAAAAUGGGAGCUGCUGUGGCUUUAUUAGAUGAGGGUUAGGCAUAGUGAGAUUCCUAGAGUUCUCCAAAAUCCUUGUUGAGAUCAUGCUUUGAGAAGUCUGCAUCAUUAAUGCUUUGUCAUUUUUUUUUU